ACAUUAGAAAAAUGAACAAGGACAACUUUGGAUGGAACAGAAGACCUCGAACACCAAUCUGCCGGAGAAAUCGGUGAAAACUAAAGAUCCUCCUCUGAACCGAACCCAGGAACAACAUCUAGCAAGAUUCUAGCAGUUAGUUUACUCUAAUAAUCAAACUCAGCCUAUCAGAUAUACGAACUCCCAUGUCUUAAGCCUCGAUCACAAAACAGACCAAUUUCAAACAAUUCAAAGCCAAAUAAUAUGCGAAAACGGAUACAAAAAAUAUCUAUUUCAAGAGAACUUGUUCAGCUACUGAAAGUUGUCAUUCUUUUUAUAGAUCAAUACUUUAAACACAUGUAAGAAAAUUUGUACUUUCAUACAAAAAAAAUCAAUGGUCCAAACACCGGUCCUUUCAACGUAAUUUAGAAAAAAAAACAGAUCUUUUGAGCUCUAUGUCAAUUUUAUAGCCUUCUGUUGUUCUGCGGUUCUUUAUGACUAACAAAAUGACUAACAAAUAAAAAUCCGAAAAAAAUCUUACCUACAGUUUAGCUUAAGCAUGACAGAGUUCUUGUUUUGCUUCAACUUCGUCUUGAGAUUUGCAAGUUAAGACUUAAAAAACAAACACUACUAAUAUGCUUCAGUUCCUCUGACGUUACAUAAUGACUGCUACUUUUAAAACUUUCAGCUAGCUUUUCUGGUCGUACCUACAAAAUCGACAAAAUUUACCACUGAAUCAGUGAUGAAGCAAUUUUAAAAAAGCUCUGAGUACUCAGACAUCUCUGAUUUACAUUACUUUCCAGGCUUCUUAAAAUACUUCUUCAAUAAUUACUAUUUUGAGAUCCCUUCUUAAAAAUACUCCACCGACAAAAUCUAUAAUUAAAAUCUGUCGACAGAAAUUGCAACAUAAUCGCAAUGCAGCUAGAGCACAUCGUUAAACUCAAACUACAAACUGAUUAUUUAUUCAACAAUAAUAUCAAAAAAGACCAUUUUAAUUCCAACAGCUAUUGAAGACUUACAAACAUGAAUGUGCUGGGUUUUAACAAUUCGGAGUUACUGCGAAUUGCUAAGGGUCAAUUUGUUCACGACGAUGCAACAGUCAAUAGCAUAUGUUCACGUGUCGAUGCAGCAUUCUCUCACUCAUCAGUUCCCACUUUAUCUAUUGGAGAUGUGAGCGAUUUGACUAUACCAGAUGGCGGCAGCACCUGUUUUCUAUUCCAAGUGCCAAAUCAACUCCAUAAUUGUGGAUUUGCUUUGCACUGCAGGUUAUUCGGAACAGCACAGUUCUCUGUUCUUAUUUUCGACCGAGAGGGAAAUAUGUCUCAUUGUGUUUCUCAAGUCCAAAAAUCAUCAGGCAUGGAUUUGCUGUGGCUAUUUCAUCCAACAAAUAACAUAACUAGUUUGCCAUCAUCUGCUUUUAAGGACACCUUGAACAGUGAAAUCCUCAGUCCAGGAAAAUAUCUCGGCUGUGCUUUCUCCAACAUCCAGCACCUCAACACAAACCACUAUUUGCAAGUUCUCUUCACCAAACAGAUCGAAGGUGAAAUCUACUCCGCCAGAACAUAGAGAGAUGGUGCGAGUCUAGCUGACAUCAGUGUACAUAUUCGAAUACAAGAGAAAAACAACUCACAGAAGACGCGAAAGAGUUUGAUAAGGGAGAAACUAAAUGAAUCGAAAAAUCUCGCACGAAAGAAAAAACCAAAUUGCCAAUCAGGAUUGAAAACAAUCAGACUACAACUUCAGGCAGAUUUUGAUCGCUUAAAUUUAGUUGGCUUUUUGGUAUGUCUUUAAAGCGAAUUCACCCAAGUUUAACUAGUUACCCUUAGAAUGUUUUUAACUUAUGUAACCCAAACAAUUUAAUUUAAUGUCAAUUCA